AUGGAGAAUUGUACCAAAGUAAGAGAUUUCAUCCUCCUGGGAUUAACCAAUGACCUAGGCAUGCAGGUUCCCCUCUUUAUCAUGUUCACCCUCAUUUACCUCAUUGAUGUGGUUGGAAACCUGGGGAUGAUCCUGUUGGUUUUUAUGGACUCUCAUCUCCACAUACCCAUGUACUUUUUCCUCUGUAACCUGUCUGUUGUAGACUUGGGUUACUCCUCAGCUGUCACUCCCACAGUCAUUUCUGAGUUCUUCAUAGUCCCCAAGGUAGUUUCCUAUAAUGCCUGUGCUGCACAGAUGUUCUUUUUCAUAGGCUUUGCCACUGGGGAAAAUUACCUUUUAGCAUCAAUGGCCUAUGACCGCUAUGUAGCAGUGUGCAACCCUUUGCAUUAUUCCACCAGGAUGACAACAAGUGUUUGUAUUCACCUGAACAUUGGCUGUUAUAUCUGUGGUUUCUUGAAUGCCAUUUUUCAUGUUGGGGGCAUAUUCAGUCUCUCUUUUGGUAAAUCCAAUGUGGUUCAUCACUUUUUCUGUGAUGUUCCAGCAGUCAUAGCUCUAUCUUGCUCUGAUAUACACCUUAGUGAAGUGAUUCUUGUUUUUUUGUCAACCUUCAAUGUUUUCUUUGCUCUUCUGAUUAUCUUAGUUUCCUAUCUUUUCAUAUUUAUUACCAUCUUGAAGAUGAAGUCAGACAGGGGACACCAAAAGGCUUUGUCCACCUGUGCCUCUCACCUCACCACAGUCUCCAUAUUUUAUAGCACUGUCAUUUUCAUGUACUUACAACCCAGCUCCACUCAUUCCAUGGAUGCAGAUAAAAUAGCAUCUAUGUUCUACACUAUGAUCAUACCCACACUGAACCCUUUGGUCUACAGCCUGAGGAACAAGGAAGUCAGCAAUGCAUUUAAGAAUGUAGUUAAGAAGGUAAAAGUUUUAUGUAAGAGUGAGAUUUCAGAUUGA